UCUCACUUUGUCAACAACAGAUUUAUUUCUCGUGUAAAAGUUGUUUUCGUGUCUUUAGGUGAAAAGAGUCAGUUAUGAAGUUAAACAUGAGACAGUAACUUACAUGUUAUGUGUUUUAAUUCACGUUAGCUCCGCACGUUACGUUUAUUCUGAUCGUCGUUAGCGUAAAGAAACACAGCGAUGCUAACGUGUUCUCUGACUGAUCUAUAUUAAAUAAUAAUAAUAAUAAUAAUAAUUCACCGUUAACUUACUUUAUCAUUCAUCUCCGUGUGGAUUCAACUGAAGCAUCAAAAACCAGAACUACACAGAAAGUAGCUUCCCAGUCUCCCCACGAUGGCGAAGGCUCAGAAGUUCCACGACCUGGAGGAGAUGGGCGAGACGUUGCUGGAGUACAUCAGCAGCAGCCAGUCCGACAGACUGAAGCGGCUGAAGUCCGGACACCAGGCCCUGUUCGACCAGCACGUGGCUACAAAGAAGAUCGUGACGCAGAUUUUAAAAGAAGAGGCUCAGAUCGAGGAGAGCGUGAGUCAGAGGCUGCUGGACAUGGAGGAGGAGAAGCAGCACAGAGACCGGGAGCUGCAGAGUCUGGAGGAACAGCUGAGGCAGUGCAUCGCCAAGAGCCAGAUCACCGACUCGGAAUUGCAGUUUCUGAAGGGAGAGCUGGAGAGCGUGAGAAGCACUGACCACCAGCUGGAGACUCUUCAGAGCGAAGUGGACGAGGACACCACAGAGGUCAUCCCCUCAGCAGUGUAUGUGGCUCAGGUGUACUACCUGAUAACCAAGAUCAAGUGGGAAUACGACGCACCACCCAACACGCUAAAAGGAGUUCACUACGGUGCAGACCUGGCAACCCCCGUCAGCAUUGACACGUCAGUGCAGACUCGGAGUAACGUGAGCGACCGGCUGUGGGACUUUGUCAGCACUAAGUGGUAGAUGGAGGACGGGGGUGCAGUCGGGCACCUUGUGUAUAUUUAUGUGUUUGUGUGUUUGUUGUAUUCUUAUCUUCAGUAUAACAUGUAUAUUGUUUUAAAAGAUUAAAUCUUUCUGAUAAAUGG